AUGUCUUCUACAGGGGUCAAAGCUAACGGUUGGACCGCUGUCUCUGUCACCGCCAAAGCCAUCGUUGAUUCCGUGGGACAGCUUGAGAAGGUUCUCUCCUACACCGUUCAGGAUGUCGAGUUUCCUUCCGGAGACACGCUCGUUGGUGAGGCCCAGGCGUUUGCUAAGGCUCGACUCAGCCCAGAAGCCUACAACCACUCGAUGCACAUAUACUACUGGGGUGAGUAUUUACCAUCGCGGCCAACGCGGCCCAAAAAGACAUCACUCACCCAUGGUCCAGGAACCGUCAUCGCGAAGCGCCUGCUACCCAAGCACGCCGAGUCGCUGUCACCGUCGACCUGGGCCCUAACAUGCCUCCUUCACGACAUCGGCACAGCAGAGUCCCACUCCACCUCGGCCCGGAUGUCCUUCGACAUCUACGGCGGAAUCAGGGCCAUGGAGGUGCUCAGGGUCCUCGGCGGCCGCGCCGACCAGGCCGAGGCCGUCGCCGAGGCCAUCGUCCGCCACCAGGACAUGGGGCUGGACGGCACCAUCACGUUCCUCGGCCAACUGGUCCAGCUCGCGACGCUGUACAACAACGUCAGGGCGUACGACGGCAUUGAGUACUUUGGCGGCUGGGUUGGUGAGGCCACCCGUGACAGCGUCAACACCGCGUUCCCGCGCCGCGGCUGGUGCUCGUGGUUCGCGCGCGCGGUCCGCAAAGAGGUGGCAGACAGGCCUUGGUGUCACACUACGCACAUCCCUCAGUUCGGCAAGCAGAUGGAGGUGAACACUCUAAUGAAGCCUUGGGAUCAGGCAAGGUCAAAUUUUAGAGUUGAACAGGUCCUUAGUGUAGUCUUGAAUAGCAUGCGGCCCCGCGGGGCUGUCGAUUUGUCGGAUGGAUGA